AGCCGCUGGGAAAGCAACACGGAAACAACGGCCGGACAUUCGAACAACCAUUCGGGCAGAACGAACCCAGUGACAUAUGUAACGAAAGAAAUAACGUAGAACUGGAGCGAGAAGGCCUUCCUUUUGAUAAAAAAGUGGAGUACAGAGACGUCUCCUACGCAUUAACGUUUAGCAGAGAAAGAAAGUAUGACUACAGGAUGGACAUGUCGGGUAUACACUUCGUCGUCACCUCCAUAAACAAUACGCAAGCUCAUUAUUCAUCGUACGACUCAUCGCUUGACCGCUUUGUCAUGUCUGGAGUCUUUGGAGAAAUUUUCGAGAUCGCCAAAACAAAAAUGAAUUUCACAUACUCAGUCGUCAGUCCAGCUGACGAUGAAUUUGGAGUGCUGCUGGACAACGGAAGCUGGACGGGUCUCGUCCGCGACCUGGUCAGCCGCCGAGCCGACAUCGCUGUCGCUUUCCUCACCAAGACCAUGUCCAGAUGGGAGGCUAUUUCCUUCUCGGCCACCAUUCUUAAUUUCCGAUACAGAAUCUUCGCGCAGAUCCCGAGUAGCUCGACGUUGCGGUGGCAGGCGUAUACUCGGCCCUACAGCGCCACCAUGUGGCACGUGGUCUUCGUGUCAUUCUUCGUCUUGUCCGGGCUCCUGGCUAAAGUUGACCAAACAUUCACACAAAAUGGAAAAACUGAUACAAUUAGUGAACUGAAAUUCAGUACUUCAAAUGAGAAAAAUAUUAAAGAAAUUCGAAACCUCAUCGAGUGGAGGAACGUCGCUUGGCUUGUAGUCUGGAGCGCCUUUGUGCAGCAAGGGUUUCCAGAUUCACCCCGCCAGAUGCCACUGCGCGCGAUCUUUUUGCUGAUCUACACCGUAGGACUGCUGCUGCUUACGGCCUACUCAGCAACACUGAUAUCCUUCCUGACGGUCACAGACAACUCCCUGCCAUUCGACUCGUUCUCCACACUGGCGGCACUAAAAGACUACAGACUUGGAAUACAAAUAGGAUCAGUGACUGAAGAAUUGCUCCUUUCUCCAUCGUACGUGAAGCUGUACGAGCAGCUGGUGGAGCCUCAUAAAGAUACUCAAAGUCGGAACUUUACGGCCCUCAAGUUGAGUGCUCUACGUGACCCAUACUUUGCUGUGCUUGCAACUUAUGAGGUUCAACGGUCAAGUUACGAUGGUGGUUGUCUUCUGGCAAACUCGAAGCUCGACCUUAUGUUCAACGACGGGGCUUUCGCUUUCAGGAAAGGAUCUCACUUCGUACCACUCUUCAGCUACUUCAUCAAUCAAGUGAAAGAGUCAGGGAUUCUGGAGAAAAUUAUCCUGAAAUAUUAUCCAUCGUACACGUGCCCCGACACGUUCGACAUGUCAGUUGGCUACAAGCAGGUUUUCACUGCAUUUCUGUGCCUCGUGAUGGGCAUGACGCUUGCUGCUGUGAUGCUGGGGCUCGAAAUGCUCGCUUGGCGACGUUCAAGUCGACUGCGGCCUGACGUCUGA